AUGGAUAAAAUCAAGGCCCUCUUCAAGCGCAAGAAGGACAAGGAGAGCAGCACUGCUGGAACCAAGACUGACACCAGUGCAACUCCUACCGCUGUGCCCAAGCCAACCGCGACAGACACCGCAGCUGCUCCGUCUACCAGCGACCCGGCUGCACCUGCUGCUGGUGCUGCGCCUGUCGACACUUCCGCACCUGCCGACCCUGCGCCGGCCAACACCCCAGCUGCCAAGUAG